AUGGUGAUUGCUGGGCCGACCGAUUAUUCGCCAAUACGCGCUGGCGCUGCGUCGGUUGCGUACGAAAGGCCACCGCCUGCCUCCGGAACGGGGACCAUGUCGACGGGCUCCCCGACGCUGCCUACUCCGAAGCCCGUAACAGAAGACGCUGAAAUCCUUCCUCGCCCCGCACCGUCGCUUCGCGAGGCCCUGGCGUCUCUGCCUGGCGACGGUGGUCGCCAGGCUCCCGUGCUGUCUGCACCUCGUCCCGUCGCGCCGCCUGUCCCUCUCGCUGCGACGUCUGAUGUGUCUGCUCCGCCUGGCGCUCUUCAAGCUGCCGACCCCGUCGCUCCAUCUGCGGCCGCCGAGCGGGCGGUUGUUGCUGGCGGCGUGACGGCCCAGUCGGUGGGGUCCGCCACCACUGACGUCCAGGGCCAGACGGCGCUUCCCGCCUCUCCGGCUCCCCCGUCUGCACCGCCUCCGACGCUGGCGCCUCCUCCGCCUGUGCAGGCGGGAUCUGCUCCUGCACUGCCCGUGGCUGUACCUCCCGCGCCUCCUGUGAUUGCGUCCCCUGCACCGUCCGUGGGUGCUCCUCUCGCAUCGCCUGAAGUUGCUCCUGUUGCUCAGCCUGAUGUUGCACCGCCAGCUCCGCACGUGGCGGGUCCGUCUGCGCCGCCUGUGGCCGUGCCGUGGAUCCCCCCUGUGGCGGGGGUCGAGUUUUUGACCGCGGCUGGUGGGCCCGUGACUGCGCAAUAUCCAUCCCGGCUGUCUGUUGAUCCCCCUCCCCCGUCCGCAGGUGCGGCGCACUCGUUCUCGGCCCUGCUGGGGCCUCAGCGUCCGGUCGCGGUUCCGGAGGUGACCCUUGGUCAGAUCUGGCGCCUCUCGGAGGCUCUGCGGGCCGUGCAUCUGGUGCAGGUGUAUGGUCAUGCCGCCUUGUCCCAGGGCGACUCACUGGUGGGCGGCCCUCGGGAUGAUUGUUUCGCGGCAGCUGAUCGCCUCGCCGAGCUGCUAGCGCCCGUGUUGGCUGCGCCCGCGUCGGGUGGGCUUGCGGGGGUCGGGCCCCUUGGUUCGGCCGUACGUGGGCUGCGGCGGUUGUUGCAUGCAGGGACUGGAUCCGGGGCGAUCGCCGCAGGCACGGUGUUGGUGCGUGAGCUGCAUCGCACGCUGUCGGGGCUGCUUGCUGUGUUUGACGCGGAUCAGAUGUAG